UGCCCCAGCCCCACGCCGACGACCAUUAUGGCCGAGACCAACAACGAAUGUAGCAUCAAGGUGCUCUGCCGAUUUCGGCCCCUAAACCAGGCCGAGAUUCUGCGGGGGGACAAGUUCAUCCCCAUUUUCCAAGGGGACGACAGCGUCGUUAUUGGGGGGAAGCCAUAUAUCUUUGACCGUGUAUUCCCCCCAAACACGACUCAGGAGCAAGUUUAUCAUGCGUGUGCCAUGCAGAUUGUCAAAGAUGUCCUUGCUGGCUACAAUGGCACCAUUUUUGCCUAUGGACAGACAUCCUCAGGGAAGACACAUACUAUGGAGGGAAAGCUGCAUGACCCCCAGCUGAUGGGAAUCAUUCCUCGAAUUGCCCAAGACAUCUUCAACCACAUCUACUCCAUGGAUGAGAACCUUGAGUUCCACAUCAAGGUUUCCUACUUUGAGAUUUACCUGGACAAAAUCCGUGACCUUCUGGAUGUGACCAAGACAAAUCUGUCUGUGCAUGAGGACAAGAACCGGGUGCCGUUUGUCAAGGGUUGUACCGAGCGCUUUGUGUCCAGCCCAGAAGAAAUUUUAGAUGUGAUUGAUGAAGGGAAAUCAAAUCGUCAUGUGGCUGUCACCAACAUGAAUGAACACAGCUCUCGAAGCCAUAGCAUCUUCCUCAUCAAUAUCAAGCAGGAGAAUAUGGAGACCGAGCAGAAGCUCAGUGGGAAGCUGUAUCUAGUGGACCUGGCAGGGAGCGAGAAGGUCAGCAAGACUGGAGCAGAGGGAGCCGUGCUGGACGAGGCCAAGAAUAUCAACAAGUCCCUGUCAGCCCUGGGGAACGUGAUCUCUGCGCUGGCUGAGGGCACAAAAAGCUACGUUCCGUAUCGUGACAGCAAAAUGACACGGAUUCUCCAGGACUCCUUGGGAGGAAACUGCCGGACAACCAUGUUCAUCUGCUGCUCACCGUCCAACUACAACGACGCGGAGACCAAGUCCACCCUGAUGUUUGGACAGCGGGCAAAGACCAUUAAGAACACUGCCUCCGUGAAUCUGGAGUUGACUGCCGAGCAGUGGAAGAAGAAAUAUGAGAAGGAGAAGGAGAAGACAAAGGCUCAGAAGGAGACGAUUGCAAAGCUGGAGACAGAGCUGAGCCGGUGGCGCAGUGGAGAGGACGUGCCAGAGACGGAGCGCCUGCCUGGGGAGGAUGCUGCCCUGGGAGCUGAGCUCUGUGAGGAGACGCCCGUGAACGACAACUCAUCCAUCGUGGUGCGCAUCGCGCCUGAGGAGCGGCAGAAGUAUGAGGAGGAGAUCCGCCGCCUCUACAAGCAGCUUGAUGACAAGGAUGAUGAGAUCAACCAGCAGAGCCAACUCAUAGAGAAGCUCAAGCAGCAGAUGCUGGACCAGGAAGAGCUGCUGGUGUCCACUCGAGGAGACAAUGAGAAGGUCCAGCAGGAGCUGAGCCACCUGCAGUCGGAGAACGACGCCGCGAAGGAUGAGGUGAAGGAAGUGCUGCAGGCACUGGAGGAGCUGGCCAUGAACUACGACCAGAAGUCCCAGGAGGUGGAGGAGAAGAGCCAGCAGAACCAGCUUCUGGUGGAUGAGCUGUCUCAGAAGGUGGCCACCAUGCUGUCCCUGGAGUCUGAGUUGCAGCGGCUACAGGAGGUCAGUGGACACCAGCGAAAACGAAUUGCUGAGGUGCUGAACGGGCUGAUGAAGGACCUGAGUGAGUUCAGUGUCAUCGUGGGCAACGGGGAGAUUAAGCUGCCGGUGGAGAUCAGCGGGGCCAUCGAGGAGGAGUUCACUGUGGCCCGACUCUACAUCAGCAAAAUCAAAUCCGAAGUCAAGUCUGUGGUUAAACGGUGCCGGCAGCUAGAGAACCUCCAGGUCGAAUGUCACCGCAAGAUGGAAGUGACUGGGCGGGAGCUCUCAUCCUGCCAGCUUCUCAUCUCCCAGCAUGAGGCCAAGAUCCGCUCCCUGACGGAAUACAUGCAGAGCGUGGAGCUCAAGAAGCGGCACCUGGAAGAGUCCUAUGACUCCCUGAGUGAUGAGCUGGCCAAGCUCCAAGCCCAGGAAACUGUGCAUGAAGUGGCCCUGAAGGAUAAGGAGCCAGACACACAGGACUCAGAAGAUGUGAAGAAGGCCCUGGAGCUGCAGAUGGACAGCCACCGGGAGGCCCAUCACCGGCAGCUGGCCCGGCUCCGGGACGAGAUCAAUGAGAAGCAGAAGACCAUUGAUGAGCUCAAAGACCUGAAUCAGAAGCUCCAGUUAGAGCUGGAGAAGCUUCAGGCUGACUAUGAGAAGCUGAAGAAUGAAGAACAUGAGAAAAGCACCAAACUCCAGGAGCUGACAUUUCUGUAUGAGCGACACGAGCAGUCCAAGCAGGACCUCAAGGGUCUGGAGGAGACAGUUGCCCGGGAACUCCAGACCCUCCACAACCUUCGCAAGCUGUUCGUUCAAGACGUCACGACUCGAGUCAAGAAAAGUGCAGAAAUGGAGCCCGAGGACAGUGGGGGGAUUCACUCCCAAAAGCAGAAGAUUUCCUUUCUUGAGAACAACCUGGAACAGCUUACAAAGGUUCACAAACAGCUGGUACGUGACAAUGCAGAUCUGCGUUGUGAGCUUCCUAAGUUGGAAAAACGACUUAGGGCUACGGCUGAGAGAGUUAAGGCCCUGGAGGGUGCACUGAAGGAGGCCAAGGAGGGCGCCAUGAAGGACAAGCGCCGGUACCAGCAGGAGGUGGACCGCAUCAAGGAGGCCGUUCGGUACAAGAGCUCCGGCAAACGGGGCCAUUCUGCCCAGAUUGCCAAACCCGUCCGGCCUGGCCACUACCCAGCAUCUUCACCCACCAACCCCUAUGGCACCCGGAGCCCUGAGUGCAUCAGUUACACUAACAGCCUCUUCCAGAACUACCAGAAUUUGUACCUGCAGGCUGCACCUAGCUCCACCUCAGAUAUGUACUUUGCAAACUCCUGUACCAGCAGUGGGGCCACAUCUUCUGGAGGCCCCUUGGCUUCCUACCAGAAGGCCAACAUGGACAAUGGAAAUGCCACAGAUAUCAAUGACAAUAGGAGUGACCUGCCAUGUGGCUAUGAGGCUGAAGACCAGGCCAAGCUGUUCCCUCUCCACCAAGAGACGGCAGCCAGCUAAUCUCCCACACGGGCUGCUGCAUACCUGCACUUUCAGGUAGUUUCAGGCCGCUUCCUCUGACCAGCCUCAGGUUGCCUCCUUUCUUGCCCUCAGCUUCUUUGUUUCUCCUGCUUUUUUUUAAAUCAUCUCAAAACUUUUACUAUAUAGUUGUCCCUCAACUCCCGCUGUCCCCUUCCAGGGGCUACAUCAGAACUGCCCGGUGUCCCCUAGGCACUGGCCUCCCCUCCCCCCUUGUGCUUGGCCAUAGUGGGAACCACAGUACUGCCUUUCUGCCACUAGGGGUCGCUGCAACAUGUCAAAAGAAGUGGGCAAGGGCAGUGUCCAUCUAGAGCCCCAACACAGGUCACAGAACCUAGUAGUUAUUAGGAGACCUUGGGAGAUCUCUGUGUCCUAUACUCCUCAUAUCUGUAUAUGUCACCAAUGAGCUUUAGCAAAUGCCCCAGGAAGUCUAACUUUUUGUUCCUCUAGCUGCUGUAUCAGCACUCCCCUACAAUCUUUCUAGUGGAGGUGGAAAACAGCUGUGUGCCCACCUCCAAGCCCCACCUUCACCUCUGUCCUGGGUCCCCUCCCCUGUUCCCUGUGCUCUCCUAGCAGCACAGGCACCUUCC